AUGACGGCUGUUGAGCUCAGCCCCGGCAAACGACAAUACUAUCAGACCAAAAUGGACGAAUACGAUGCUGUGACAACACAGCAAGCAACAUUUCCACUAGUAUCGGGCGCUCGAGAGAUUUUUGUGCCACGUGAACCAUUCAGGAAUUUGGAAUCAGAAAGCGUCUUGGGUCUUACACCGGAAGACCGUCUGGAACCUGAAUUAGGUAUCGAAUGCGCCCAUUUCUGGAUCGUUCAAUACCGAAAGCUCAAGAAUAAAUUCAACUCUGGACUAGGCAUCACAACGAUGUACCGCUUUAAAAAUGGGGCAACGGAUAGAGAUGCCAGGCUUGAAGACAUAUGCAGGCGAUGUCAAGACAAUCCGACAGCUUUUGGUGAAUGGGUUGUCGAGAAACGCGGAGAUUGGAAUCUUGGAACGAGUCAAAAUCUAAUUACCGCCCUUGAACAGGGUAUGAAAUCUUACAGAGCCAUGGAGCCUUUUGACAACAAACCUGCAGAGGAACUUUUCGGGCUCCGUCAGGGUCAACGUGCAAAGGCGCCAUCUGGAGAUUUCAAUGGCCAAGCUUGGAUCGUGCAAUACCUCCCGCCUGUCACCCAAAGGGAUCCUGAUGGUGCCAAUGCGCACGAUUCGGGCAUAGGGGUCACUACAAAUCGAGGAUUUGCAGAGAAGGUAUACGCCACGCCAGGAUGGCGGAUGCAGAUGUACGAGUUUACGCCGGCGCAGAAGCAGCCAAGAUUGGAAGCUAUAGUCUCCUACUGUACGAAUCAUCCCACAGACUUUGGCAAGUGGGUAUCGACGUUAGAGGGAGCAUCAUUUGAUGGAACGAGUUCAUUUCGCACGUGGACAUCGGCAUUGGACGAUGCAUCAAAUUAUGGAACGAGUUCGUUUUUGGUCGAGGCUCAAAAGCUUGCGGCCGCUGCAGCUGAUGCGCACAAUAAAGCUACUGCAGCGCCUGAUAACCCAGGGAGAAACCGUCGUUUUGACCCGAUAAGAGAUCUCUAA